UUCGCACUCGCUUUUCGAGCAAACCUCAAGGGAGAAUUCCUAACUCACCAGUUCAUUCCCUUGUUCUCAUUCGCCAACAUUGCCGCAUCACCAUUCGCCAUGACUCUCAAUUCGAACCCCCAGGCCCGCAUCUCACAUCUGCCGCGAGCAGAUGGCUCGGCAACGUUUUCAAGAGGCGGCUAUUGCGUGGUUGCGGCCGUCAAUGGGCCGAUUGAGGUCCAACGACGCGACGAAAACCCCUUCGAAUCAGUCGUUGAUGUUAUCGUACGACCUGCUGCAGGGGUCGGAGGCACAGGAGAACGCCAACUCGAGAACAUUCUGCGGUCCGCCCUUCGCCAGCUGAUUCCCGUCAAAAACUUCCCUCGAUGUCUUAUUCAGGUUACGCUCCAGGUGACUGAGACGCCGCAGAAUGACUAUGCAAACAGCAAAGUAGUACAAGCUCAGUCUAGUCUGCCUCUGCUACCGGCUCUCUUUCACAGCGCCAUCCUGGCCUUGCUGUCGGCUGCUGUGCCUUUGAAGGCUAUUGCCACAUGUGCCACUUUGGCCGUUGUCCGGAAGGGUGACAAGAUCAUCGCUGACCCGUCUCCUCUGGAGAUUGACCAGUCAAAAUCGCUUCACGUUGUCAUCUUCACGUCGCAGAACGACCUGUUGUUGUUGGAGAGUGAGGGGACGUUCUCCAUGGCCGAGUGGGAUGAGGUGAUCAACAAAGGUCAAUCAGUGUGCAGCCAACACCGUCAAGCGGAGCUAGGUGUCGCCAUGGACGAUGACAGCCAAGACGCAACCGACAUGCAGCAGUUCAUCCGGACCGUCAUGGAAUCAAAGGCUGCGUAA